CCAAGUCAGGGAAACCCGGGAGUCGGUUGAGCCGCAUUCGUCCUCAACGGCCGAGUUCGUUUACUACUGCUCAUCGGAAAACCCUAACCCUAAACGUAUGGCGGAGGGGGGUCUCGUCGUCGCCAACAACGAAACCAUCCGAUCCUUCCUACUCUCCGCCGCCACCCGAUGCGGCGGCGGCGGCGGCGGCUCCCUCGGCGCCGAGCUCCGCGAUCUCGCCUCGUACCUCUCCUCGCAGAGCUCCGUCCCCUAUCGAUCCCUCCGAGCCAUUUGGUUCGCCAUCCCCGCCGCCGAGCGGCCCCCACUCCGCCGCCUCUUCAAUGGCGCCGACUUCGUCUUCUCCAGCCCUAAGCCUAGGGAGAAGAGUGAGGAGUUGAAGGAGAGGCUCAAGAAGCUUGCUGAGAUGGCGGAGAGGAGGGAGUACGCGGAGCUCGUGAAGGACGUCGCACCGAAGAAGGAGAUCUCCGAGCCGUUCUCUUCUUACAAGGAUCAGAUUGGAUUCGGUCUGCAUGUUGUGCUGAUGAUGUUUACAGGCUACUUGGUUGGUUAUGCUGCUUUCAGAGCCCUCUUCAAUCAUAGUGCAGUAAUGGUAACUUCUGAAAGCGCCUGCCCUCUUAAGAAUGCUGCUGGAGGCAUCUUAGGGCUGGUCUGUGGCAUGCUCCUCGAAACCGUUCUUUUUAUCAUUAGAACUUCGAAUCGAGAUUUGGACUCUUCCAAUUCAAAUUCAAGAUUAAAGAAGCACCAGUAACCGGUGGGGUUUUUUUUUUUUUUUUUGGCUAUCCCAUAAUAGUCACAGUUUCACUUCUGUGCCAUGUGAUUGGUUGUUGUAUAUUUAUCCUAUGAAAGAUGGAAAUACACUGCAGAGUCAGUUGCUGUAGAUUCCGACUUUCAUUCUUAACUUAGUUGUAGUGCUCAACAAUUUUAGUAUAUUCAAUUGUUGUAGAUUCCGUGGAUGAAACUGGAAAGAAGCCAACACUUCUGUUUUUC